UCCCCAACCAUGAGAAGGACAUUAAGGCAGCUUGCGGCUGUUAAGCCCUCCCGCUACCUGGAAGCGGGAGCUCCCACCGGUCUCACAGGCCUCUUCACACAUCCCUCGCCACGGCCGACCCUCCUAUACCUUUACUCCACCACACUGGACAAGCUCAAGCAAUUCCCCGAAAACUCUGUAUACCGCCAAUCGACGGAAGCGGUCACCAAGCACCGCAUGUCAAUUGUGAGCUCCGUCGUGCCGGAAGGAUACGCGCAGUGGGCGGAGAAGGCGAAGAAGAUCCUCGCGGAGCACCCCGACGUGUUCAACACGCCGGAAGGCGGGGUGGAACAUGACGAGGGACGCCAUGUGAAGGAGACAAGGGCUGGGCAGACCUUUGUGACGACCAAGGUGGAUCCGGAAUAUGAUGAUACCGUCGUGGAGUGGGAUGGUGAGAAGGGCGAGGCGGAGUUGGAGGGAGUCCGGACGACGGCGGAGCGGAAGGGCCAGAGAGUUCUGGGCAAGGAGAGACCAGGAAUCGAUACCAAGACGGUCGAGUGGGAACCGGAGCCAGCAUUGACCGCCGAGCAGAUCGGAGAAAUUGAGAACCGGAUCGGCGCUGGUCUCAUCGAAGAAGUUAUUCAGGUUGCUGAGGGGGAGCUCAAACUUGCGGAUAUCAUGUUACAGUCAAAAGUUUGGGAAGACCUCGAGGAGAAACCAGUCGAGGGCCAAUGGACUUACUUCGAGCGAAAAUAGAUACAACCUCCAAAGUAAGACUCGAUCUCGAGCAGGGGGAUGUAUUAUACAGAAGAUUGUAAAUAGAGAAUAUACCAUCAUUGGACCUGUGUCAGGCUGCAAUGUUAUUCACAGGAUCGCUGGAUAUUUAUAUCCUCCUAGAGGGGGUCUAUCUUGGUAAAUAAAUCUUCCUUUCUCAAUCUCAAC